AUGACAAUUGCCAUUGGAUUCGAGGGCAGCGCAAAUAAGCUAGGCGUUGGAAUUAUUCGAGAUCAGGAUGUUCUCUCAAACGUCCGGCAUACGUAUGUCACCCCACCCGGCGAAGGAUUCCUGCCCCGCGAAACUGCGCAACAUCAUAGAGAAUGUAUUCUCAAUGUUCUGCAAAAGGCGUUGGAUGAAGCUAAAAUAACAUUAAAAGAUGUGGAUGUCAUAUGUUAUACAAAAGGGCCAGGAAUGGGUGCGCCGUUAACAGUCGCUGCAUUGGUAGCAAGAACAGUUGCUCAAAUAUAUAAUAAACCAAUAGUUGCAGUGAAUCAUUGUAUCGGUCAUAUAGAAAUGGGACGAUUGAUCACAGGAAGUGUAAAUCCAACUGUUCUAUACGUUUCUGGAGGAAAUACACAAGUUAUCGCAUAUUCUCGGCAAAGAUAUCGCAUUUUUGGCGAAACAAUAGACAUCGCUGUUGGAAAUUGUUUAGAUCGUUUUGCAAGAUUACUGAAAUUUUCAAAUGAUCCUAGCCCCGGUUACAACAUUGAACAACUAGCGAAAAAAGGGACAAAGUUAGCUCCAUUGCCUUAUGUAGUGAAAGGAAUGGAUGUGUCUUUUUCGGGAAUUUUAAGUUACAUAGAAGAACAUUUGUCUGGUUGGCUUGAUUCGAAGGAAUUUACUCCAGAAGACUUGUGUUUCUCUUUACAAGAAACAGUAUUUGCCAUGCUUAUUGAAAUUACAGAGAGAGCAAUGGCUCAUGUAAAAUCAUCAGAAGUAUUGAUAGUUGGUGGUGUAGGAUGUAACGAAAGGUUGCAAGAUAUGAUGAAAGUUAUGUGCGAGGAAAGAAAUGCGGUGCUUUAUGCUACAGAUGAACGGUUUUGCAUAGAUAAUGGUGUAAUGAUUGCUGUAGCUGGAUUACUUCAGUACAAAACUCAAGGGCAUACUUCAUGGACAGAAACAAGUUGUGUACAACGAUAUAGAACAGAUGAUGUACACAUUUCUUGGAGAGAAUAAAAUAAUUUUAUAUGAAUUUACCAUUUUUUGAUUGUGCUUGAGAAUUAUCUGAAAUGUUUACUAUUAUUGUUAUAUACAGAAAAAAAUAUAUUUCAUAUAGUAAAAAUUUGUAGUUUCAUUUUAU